CAUAUUGACCCGCAUUUGGUUGUUUUGGUGAACGUUAAGGUUUUAUGCAUAGAUGCAUUUGAUUCAUUCUGGAUAUUACUCGUGCAUAUUAAUAAUGUGUGCACAAAUGGCCGAUUAUCGAUCGAUGAUAGAUAAAUAGGGAGCGUGGGUGUCAGUACUUGAAGGGGUUAUGGAUGCCCUUGAAAAUCCAGGUUGUGGUUUUGACGAAUCUUUGGAGCUAGCUGACAAGGCUUUGAAGUCGACGGACAUUACGUCACUUGACCUGGGGUCGGAAGGGGAUUUUUUACCAGUCAGCUGUAGCUCUACGUCGUUCGACUACAGCAACUCGUGGGAUACCCAGGCAUCAACGUCUUCGUCGUCGUCGGUGGAAACGUCAAAACAAUGUCAGGUGUUUUCAUCAGAAAAACAGAGUUUAGAUGAUGAUGGCAACAUGCACGCAGCUGACUCGAACAGCUCCAAACAGGUGUUAGUGCCGUGUAAAGUGUGCGGGGACCGGGCAUCCGGCUACCACUACGGCGUAAAUUCGUGCGAGGGCUGUAAGGGAUUUUUUCGUCGCAGCAUCCAGAAGCAAAUUGAGUAUCGGUGUUUGCGAGACGGAAAGUGCAUGGUGAUUCGAUUGAACCGGAACCGUUGUCAGUACUGUCGCUUCAAGAAGUGUUUGGCCGUCGGCAUGUCACGUGACUCUGUGAGGUACGGACGUGUUCCGAAGCGGUGUAAAAGCCAGGAUGAUUCUCGCGUGAGCUCGACGGACUCGAGCCAGGAACAGACAGCGCUGGAGAGCAAACAACUCGCCAUUUACGACGUCAUCCUCAGCGUGUCGCAGGCUCACCACACACACUGUGCUGUCACUGAGGACAAGGUCAAGGUCAUUCAGAGAAAGCCUGCAACACUGAUGCAGAAAAUCCGGAUUCCUGACGGAGCGACACAGUUUUCCAAUGAAGAGCUGGAGCGACAGCGUCUGUUGAUGUGGCAGCAACUUUCUGAUCUUGUUACUCCAGCCAUUCAGAGUGUCGUGGAGUUCGCCAAACGAGUACCAGGGUUUUCCGACCUAUCUCAGGAUGAUCAACUCAUUUUAAUAAAGUCUGGAUUCUUCGAGAUCUGGCUAACACGAAUGUCUCGCAUGUUCAACAAGAGUGAGAAUGUUGUCACGUUUGACGAAGGAAGUCUUAUACUGAAGGAUGAACUCGCCGUUGUUUACUCUCCUGAGUUCAUCGUUGCAAUGUUUGAUGUGGCAGCCAGCUUUAACCUUCUUUGUCUCAAUGACACUGAAAUUGGACUCUUCACUGGAAUUGUUUUGUGUUCUGCAGACCGCCACGCGCUGUCAGACACGAAGUCCGUGGAGAAGAUUCAGGACAAGCUGAUUGAGGCGCUGAAGCUGCAGGUGAGCCGGAACCACUCGACGGAGGAGAACCUGUUCGCCACGAUCAUCAUGAAGCUGCCCGAGCUGCGCACCCUCGGAACGCAGCAUAAUGAACUGCUCAAGUGGUAUCGCCAGCAGUGGGGUCAGGUGACUCUCCCUCCACUGUUCGCUGAAAUCUUCGAUAUACCAAAAUGCGAGGAAGAAACUCAGGGAUGAGGCAGCUAGUCAUAAUUAGCAUCAUUGUAGAAACCAUAGCAACAGGGAAAUAACUCUAGUAGUCUUCAGGUUUUUUUUUUUUUUGUGUUUUUUUGUACAGGGAGACAACUGGUUUGUCUCUCUUGUGGAAGAUGUAGAAGCUAAAUGUUUCCUUCUUACCAUCAGAAAACUGUUCAGGGAUGUAUUUAUUUUUUACUAUGUUCACUUUUUAAAUGGACUUGACUGAAUGGUUGUGUUUCUUAUUGUUGACAUUUCUCUGGUGCUUCAACUAUUCACCUUCUUACCCCAAGACCAAGUGUUCUUUGUUUAUACCAAGUGUUGUAGAUGCAUUAUUGACAUACUUUUAAAAAACACUUUGUUUUGGCUUUGUUAAUAUCCUUUUAUAUUUUAAACAUUUUACCUUGCCUCACCUAGAGUGGUUAGUUAAAAUUUAUAAAAAUGAAAUUACAGAUGGGAUAAUUAUAGGAUUUUAAACAAACUUCCAUUUCGUAUCAUGUUUAUGCCCCAAGUAAAAUGAUUUUCAGUUGUUACAAGCUUUAGUGUGUGACAAUACAAAUUAUUUUAUGAGGGACAUAAAUAUGAUACAAAAUGGUAGCGACUUUAAUAUCCUAUUAUUACCCAUAAUUGAUCUUAAUUUAUAUCACUCAUCUUGUUUUGUUG